AUGCUCCUACUUCUCUUAGGGAGCCUCAACUGGGAUGGCUCCCCCAGAACAACACUGCCUGAUGUAAACCCACCCUGGGCUCCAGGCAUCUCAGCCACUGGAGCUGCCAGUCUCGGAUUACCGGAGGGGGAGGGAGAGCAGAUCUGGCUCUCAAGACCUCAGAUCCUUUUGGUAGUGCAAGCCUGAGCUCUCCACCUACCACAGUGAGACCGGGCAGAGUAGGGUCUUGUGUCUGGACCCUUCCCACUCACAGAGGCAAAUAGAAGACAGCUGCCUGACUGGGGCUUCAUAGAUUCAGGAGAAAGAUGAACUGGCCCUAUUCCUGCAUCUCCUUUUGUUUGAUUUACUUUGCUGCCUCCAGACUGAGAGCUGUAGAGUCAGCAGAUGGAAAAUAUGCUCAGAAGUUGUUCAAUGACCUUUUUGAAGAUUAUUGCAAUGCUCUCCGUCCAGUGGAAGAUACAGAUAAAGUCCUGAAUGUUACUCUGCAGAUUACACUUUCUCAGAUAAAGGAUAUGGAUGAAAGAAACCAAAUUCUGACCGCCUACUUAUGGAUCCGCCAAAUCUGGCAUGACGCAUAUCUCAAGUGGGAUCGAGACCUAUAUGAUGGGCUGGACUCCAUCAGGAUCCCCAGCGACCUGGUAUGGAGGCCGGACAUUGUCCUGUAUAACAAGGCAGAUGAUGAGUCUUCAGAGCCUGUGAACACCAAUGUGGUCCUGCGGUACGAUGGGCUGAUCACCUGGGAUUCACCAGCCAUCACCAAGAGCUCCUGUGUGGUGGAUGUCACCUACUUCCCUUUUGAUAAGCAGCAGUGCAACCUAACCUUUGGUUCCUGGACAUACAACGGCAAUCAGGUGGACAUAUUCAAUGCUCUGGACAGCGGAGACCUCUCCGAUUUCAUUGAGGAUGUGGAGUGGGAGGUCCAUGGCAUGCCUGCUGCGAAAAAUGUGAUCUCCUAUGGCUGCUGCUCUGAGCCUUACCCAGAUGUGACAUUCACUCUCCUUCUGAAGAGGAGAUCAUCGUUCUAUAUUGUCAACCUCCUCGUCCCAUGUGUCCUCAUAUCUUUUCUGGCCCCCUUGAGUUUUUACCUCCCAGCAGCCUCUGGGGAAAAGGUGUCCCUGGGAGUGACAAUCCUCUUGGCCAUGACAGUAUUUCAGCUAAUGGUGGCAGAGAUCAUGCCAGCCUCAGAAAAUGUCCCUCUGAUAGGCAAAUACUACAUAGCCACGAUGGCCUUGAUCACAGCCUCCACUGCCUUGACCAUUAUGGUGAUGAAUAUCCACUUCUGCGGGGCCGAGGCCCAGCCAGUGCCAAACUGGGCCAGAGUGGUCAUCCUGAAAUACAUGUCCAGGAUCCUGUUUGUCUAUGACGUGGGUGAAAGCUGCCUUAGCCGGCGCCAUGACAGGAGGCGGGACCACUUCUCAAAGGUUUAUGGCAAACUCCCAGAGUCUAAUCUGAAAAGAGCUGGGAACAAAGACCUUUCCAGAAAGAGGGAAAUAAACAAACUCUUAAAAAAUGAUUUGGGGUGCCAGGGUGAGAAUCCACAGGAUGCUGACAAUUACUGUGCACGGUACAAUGGGCUGACGAAGAAUAUCGAGUACAUUGCCAAGUGCCUCAAAGACCACAAGGCCACCAAUUCCAAGGGGAGUGAAUGGAAGAAGGUUGCAAAAGUGAUAGACCGAUUCUUCAUGUGGAUUUUUUUCAUUAUGGUGUUUGUGAUGACGAUUUUGAUAAUAGCAAAAGCAGAUUAGUGGGCAUUUGUUAUCUAGGGGACAAAUCAAUAAAAUUCCCUGUGAUCUACUCCAGUGUUCUUCCAAGCCAGUUUUGUCCAUAUAUAAUUGAAGGGUUAUGUUGUGUAUACUUUAUGUUUUUAAUUUCAAAUCCAUAAUAUAGCUACUUGUCAGGUUAAAUUAAGCAGACGUUCCAAAGUUUCAAGGGUAAUAAGAUGGAGGAAAUAGGGAGGGGUCCCUUUUAUAGCUUACCAGAAGGGUUUGUGGCUGGCUUGUAGGUUACACAAUUAUUUUCCUCUUUAGCAGUGCAGAUCACAAAGUACACCACAUUAUAGUACACAAAAUUAUGUACAUGAUGUACACAAAAUGUAUGAAACAAAACAAAAAAACUUGUUUCCUCUUAGUCCCUAUUUAAACACGUUUUCAGAAAAGGAGAUAAGUCAUACAUACCUUAGUGUUAUUUAAGUUUCGAU